AUCUGAUAGAGCCACUGCACAUCGUCCCUCUGAGGGCCAUGCACCAGGACAAGUCACUCAACUGCCCCACCUGGCUGGUCAAUAUUCUGUGUCCCUGUGUCAUCUCACCGGCGGCCAACUCAGAGGCGGAGAGGAAACUGGCAGAGCUCAACACCGCUUAUCAGCAAGUCCUCCAUGAACUGACCGAGUCGGGGCGUUACGACACACAUGACAACUUCACCGUGGUCAUCCAGCCUUUUUUGAGGACGAUCAUACUUCCCCUUCUUCCGGAUGGGCGAGCAGACCGCUCCUACUUCACGCCGGACUGUUUCCACCUGAGCCAGAAGGCCCACACGCAGAUGGCACGAGCACUGUGGAACAACAUGCUGGAGCCUCUGGGUAAUAAGACUCACACUCAGGAGUUUAUAAAUGGCAUCAAAAUGAAGUGCCCUUCUCAGAGCUCACCCUUCAUAAGGACUUACAAAAACAGCAACUACACCUAUCAAGGCCCUACCUUACCACCACCUGAGAUCACGAAUUGGGGCCGAGAUUUCUCCUGCAAGGAUGUGUCUCCAUCUGCCACUGUGCCCACAUCAGUUCACAAACUGAGGCCUGCAGACAUCAAAGUGGUGGGCGCACUAGGUGACUCUAUUACGGCUGGACGUGCAGCCAAGGCCAACAGCUAUAAUUCCCUCAAAACAGAGUACAAGGGGGUGUCAUGGAGUAUUGGGGGUGACAACACCUUAACGACAACCACUACUCUGCCAAAUAUUCUGAAGAACUUUAACUCCGCCCUCAAAGGCUUCUCCCGGGGUCAAGGGCUACUUGCUACUAAAGGGUUCAACAUGGCUGUCUCAGGAGCUCAGGCCUCUGCCAUCCCAGCUCAGGUGAAUUCUCUUCUCCUGGCCAUGAACAGCAGCAAGGAUGUAAACUUUGCUGAAGACUGGAAACUGGUGACACUGCUUGUUGGAGUCGGUGAUCUGUGCCAGUACUGCACAGACCAGAACAAUCUGUCACCAAAGAACUUCACUAAACAUGUUAUGGAGAGUCUGGACUUGCUUUAUGCUACGGUGCCACGAGUGUUGGUAAACCUUGUUGAAGUUCCACAAGUUGAUAUACUGAAGAAAAUCAGCAAAGGAAGCCUGACUUGUAACUUCAUGCCAAGUGAAUUAUGUCCGUGCGUGGUGAUUCCUACUGAGAACUCCCCUGAGCUGAUGGAGCUGCGGAGGGUGAAUAAGGAGUAUCAGGCUGCGCUGCAGCAGCUGCUGUCUGAGGGGCGCUAUGACGACCGGGAGGACUUUGCUGUGAUCCUCCAGCCCUUCUUACAGCAUUCUGCAGUUCCUCUGAUUGGGGAGGGGCAGACAGACCUGAGCUACUUCUCUCUGGACUGUGUCCACCUCAGUGAAAAGGCUCAAUCUGAAAUGGCAACCGCACUGUGGAACAACAUGUUGGAGCCAGUGGGCAGGAAGCAGGUCUACACCAACCUGACGUAUGACCGCACCAAGGUCCACUGCCCCACACAGGCUCAGCCGUUCAUCUUCACCCACCGGAACAGCCAACUCAGCCCUGCCCCAGCCACGACAACUGCCCCAGCCACGACAACUGCCCCUGCCACGACAACGCUGCCCCUGACUCCUGCUCCAGUGCCAUCAUGCCCAGACUCUGUGCCUGUGUGGGUACCCGUGGUCCUGGCCAUCAGCGGCCUUCUGAUUGGCUGGGCAGUCACCUGGAUGGUGUUCUCACGGCAACGGAAACGGAUGCUGAAGAGCAUGAAGAAAGAAGGAAAGAACACGAAAGAGACAGGGCUGUAACGUUCAGCCCAACAACAACCUUUUAUAGCAUGUAAAGGCACAGUGGUUCUGUUUAAAAAGAAGCUGAUUUCUUCAGUUUGUUGCAGAACUUUCUUUGGCCCUAACAGCGAUAGCAUGGACAGUUAUAGUGCAUUAUGUGGCUGGGAAGUGGGAAGGUCCCCGCUUUGGAGCUCUACACUUCCGAACUGAGAGCGUUCACUUGACAAUGGCAAACAGGCGAUGUUGAUAAUGUUCAGCUAGCUAGCCAGAAGGCUAACAUCACGUAGUUAUUCAAAGGUACUCUGGGAAGUACUGAAUUGAUAUGAAACGGUGAUGAAGCUGUUUUGUACCAGAUCUACUUCAUAGGUGUUCUGUUAUUCAGAAUUAAUAGCCAACCCAUCAGCCAAUCAGAAAAGAGUAUUUCUUCUCUCCAGGUGAUAAUGCAUGAUUUUAGACGAACCUUUAUGAUUACUGAAUGAGGUCUUCAGCUUUUCUCAUGGGACCAGAUUUGGUGUGCCUUAGGUUAUUUAUGUGACUGUGUUAAUUGAAAUCUUUUGUAUGAAACAAGUAUUUGUUUGAGACUCAGUGACAAAGCAAUA